CGGCGCUAAUGAGUAGAAACGCCCUGAAAGGUAAGCAGCUCUCCCCGGAUACGUUACCGUCUCUCACGCGCUCUCCAGGAGGAUUAAGCUAGCUUUCAUUAAAAAAAAAAAAACGGACACGGAGGAUCUUUUUUUCUCUAUUUUCCACUUAUAAAGAGCAUGAAUCCGCUGCGCUGCUAGGAGACCGUCGGUAAAGAGUUCAUAUGACUGUUUGAUGUAACAGCAGCCAUGAAGAGGAGCAAACAGUGGGAUGUCCGAGGAGCCAUAGGCUUUGCAGCUCUCUUCCAUUUCCUCUAUGCCUGUGCCACAGGCUGCCUUUUGCCCUUUCUCACCCUUUACUUACGGCACCUCGGGCUUACCGCCGUCAUGACAGGCGCCAUCAUGGCUAUCAAACACACAGUUGCUCUGGUCUGGAGGCCUCUCUCCUGCAUCCUGGCCAGGCGCCAUAAUAAACGGCGCACGAUCAUAAUAGGGUCUCUCAUUUGUUCAGCAGCAGUUGCUUCAACACUUCUGCUCUUCCCACCCACAGAAAAGAGCACAGAGAACAGAAGCUGUAAUAUUAGUCAGCAGAAUACAGUACACGAGCUUAGCUCAACUACUUUGAAACCCAGGACAACUCUACAAAAAUUUGUGGCAUCUGUUGUGUACUCAACAGAACAUAAAAUGAGACCUACCCAAGAGCACAAUAACACUAAACAUAUAUCAGCAAUGCCAGUAAACAUCUCAGCAUUAAACAACACCCAAAGUACCACUGAAGCUACCACAAGUCGCCACAGUGGCAGGCAAGAAUCUUCAGAAGUUCAGAUGGCUUCACCAGGUAUGAGGAGAAGAUCUUUAAUCGAGCAGGAACAAAAGCAGCAGGAGAAUAACAAGAUUCAAUAUGAGUUUCUUGGGAGCUUAAAAGUCAUGGACACACAGCAUCAAAUGUUUUUCUUGAUCAUGAUCAUCAUAAUCUUCUGGGAAAUUCUGGCUGCCCCUUUGACAUGGACAGCUGAUGAUGGACUGCAUGAAUACCUUGAUUUUGUGGAUGCCACAGAACGCCACCAGGCCAUUAAACCAUGGAGACUGUUAGGGAUUGCUGGUGGUAUGGGAUGCUCUGGUAUUCUCGUAAGCUUCCUUUACUGUUUAAUUGGAACAGUAUUGCAUUUUUACGCAUACGUCCUGCUGAUGGUUCUAGCCAUGCCUCUUGCUGGUUUGUUACCUCUUUACCGGCACAAACGUGAACAUGUUCCUGGGGCUGGAUUAAAGGCACUGCACCUAGUGCGAGGAGACCCGCAGGCACUACUCUGUGCAGUUACUGCUGUCCUUACUGGCAUGGCAGGAUCUGCUGUAUCUAACUUCCUCCUAUGGCAGAUGCAAGAUCACCAUGCUACAGAGCUUCAAAUGGGCAUUACUUUGGCUGUUGUGCCUCUUUGCCAGGCUGCUUUUGCCCCACUGAACGGAUGUUUAUCUCGUCUUCUGAAAUUCCAUGGCCGAUUACUGCCUCUUGGUAUCCUGGGUCUGUCUCUGCAAUGUCUUUCCUAUUCUUUCAUGCAGACUCCAUGGACAGUACUUCCUGUUCAGGUGCUGGCCGGAAUCAGCAUUGGUGCCCUCUGGUGGUCAUUAGAGGCUCAGUCUUCGGACAUAGCCUCUCCCGGGACUGAGCUGGCAGUGAAGAGAGUGUUUGAAGCCCUUUAUCUAGAUCUUGGCGCUGGUGCAGGCAGUGUAGCAGCCGGGUUCGUGGUACAGAGGUUUGGGAUUGAAGUCCUUUUCCAGGGAACAGCAGCAAUGCUUGGACUGUGGUGCAUAACUUUAGCCGUGAUGCAGUGGAGAAUCCCUCGCCAGCGCAGGAUAAAUUACUCGCGCCUACUGGCAGCCGGUGCCAGUGAAAUGAGUGAGUCAGAGUCUGAGCAGGACAAUGACUGGUUAGAGAAAGCCAUUGAGGAUGACAAGGGGAACAAUAAUUGGAGGAGGCUGGAUUAAUAAGGAUAAUAAACAUUCUUCUACAGAAAGUUUGAUGCCAGAAAGCCAGCUGAGUGACUGUCAAAGUCAAUGACAUUGUAAUGUGGAGCAAAUCAGGAUGCUGAAAUACUAUACAUCGUCUUUAACAACUUGUAGAACCAUACAGAAGGUCGUUAAGUCACGGUUCCUUUGCGUCUGUUGCUCAGCCUGUCACAGCUGAAUGCAGCAAGAGAUGCAAUUUGUCUCAGCUGCCCUAAUGGCAAUAAGCUUGUCUUAAAUUCCACAUUGUUAAAAAGUAUGCUAAUCCAUGUGCUUAUAAAGAAAAGUAAAGCUUACAUAACCAAUUCUAGUUUGUCUCUUAAAGCUCAUAAAAACCCUGGAACGAUAAUAUAUUUAAAAGGCAAUAUAAUGAUGUGUAUGCUGUUCUUGCUUUCUUAACAUAAUUCUCUUAAUAUAAUCAUCACCACAAAGAAUAAAUUACACGACUGUGCUGUUGAAUUCUC